GGUUGUAACUUCUUCCACCAAAUCCAACCCUAAACUCUCACUCUCCUCUCCCUUUUUUCUCUCUCUCUCGUUUGUCUUACACUUUCUGCAUUCUUCGACUGGAGUAUUUCGAACACCCUUGUUCUCCUUGCUCCAAUGGAGAUGGUUCGGUAUAGUACUGAUUUGGCUUCUCUAGAGAAGAUGAUGGUCUGCUCCGUUCCAAAGGCUGUCGCCAUCGAGGCUCUGUUAACUGUUCAGAGCUCUCUUGCUUUCCUACUUACAAUGGCAUUUCAGACAGAAUCUCUAUUCAACAAAGCAAUAGCCUUACCAAAACUUACUGAGAACGAGAGGUUUCCCCUAGAAGAGCUUAACAAGAGACAACAACAACCCGAUUUAGAAAACAAAGAUGCUGAUGAUUCUGAGAAUGAUGAUGAGGAUGGUGAUGAAGAUGGCGAUGAUGCAAGCGACGAAGAUUUCUCUGGGGAAGAAGAAGGGGGAGAAGAUGAAGGCGAAGAAGAGGAAAAAGGUAAAACUCCCGAGGCUAAUGGAAAUGGGGUUAGUGAUGACGAUGAGGAUGAAGACGAUGAGGAUGGAGAGGAUGAUGAAGACGAUGAGGAUGGAGAUGAAGAAGAUGAGGAUGAAGAAGACGAGGAUGAUGAGGACCAACCGCCUGCCAAGAAGAGGAAGUGAGUGAUCUCUCUUCACAGUAACAAAGGGGUAAGAUUGUCUAUCACCAUCAUCAUAUAGAGUUAGGAACAUUAAUUAGAUUGUGUUCUUCAGAUUGAACUACCUUAUUUCUCCUCUAUCUAUCAACUUCAAGCUUGUCUAUUUAGUUAUUUAUGAUUUUGUUGAAGAUUUUUGGACAACCAGAUCUUAAUUUUAGCUUUUCGGUUCUAUU